AUGAGCCUCCGCCGUCAUGCCCUGAUGCAGCCGCAUCCUUCGAGUGUUAGUUUGAAGCAGCUGAAAACAUUGGACGGCGAGACGGUGGUGGGCCCCGUCUUUGGGGUCAAGGACGACGAGACCGGACAGCUCGUGGCAUUGGCCAUGACCAAACCCGAGGCGACGCAGAUUCAGCUCAUGGACCCUGCAUCCGGCAACGUCCAGCCCGCUGUGAACAUUGCCGGAUUCACUGCGACGGAUCAUGGCAACAGCCUCUUGCUCCUGGUGCACGAGCUCAGCUCCGGGGAGCACCUGAGUGUGAUCUCCACCUCCGACCAGUCCUUGGCCGGAAUCCAGUCAUCGAAGGCAGACUUCUACAGCCGGCACACGACCGGUGCCAAACAGUCGGGCGAUGCUUCCUUGGGUGCCCAGCUGGCGAACCUGCCCUUGCACCUCGCCGAGCUGCUGAAGGCUCCCUUCGAGAUCAUCUCCUACUUGACGCGGGUCAUCAUGGCACGAAGGCAGCGCACCGACUCCGGCCUCUUGCAGCCUGGUGCGAAAGUGCCCAGCAGCAGCGAGGAGCUGCGGGAUUUUGGAGCUGACAAGCUCAUCCUGGCCCUGUCCAACGCGCCGAAGAUCUUUGCCAUGCAAGCCACGACCUCCGAGAUGGUUUGGACCAAGUAUCUUGGUGCUGAAGAUGAUGACUGCACCAGUGCGCCGAAGAACAGAAGCGGCCUCGACCCCUGCGCGCCCUGGAUGCAGCUACUGCCCUCGAGUGCCUCGCCCCACGCCGAGCUCGUGGUCAUCGCGCCACGCCGAGGGAAGUCGCAGCAAGUGCUGUGGCUGGAACCCCUUACAGGUGAAGUGCUUCACCAAGAAUCAAUGCCAGAUGCCGACAUCACUGCGGUGACGCCACUGCCCCACAAAGGCAAGACUCUCCGACUUCAUCCGCUGAUGCUUAUCGACAGCUCCGGGGGCCUCCAUACCCUGCCGAAGAACGCGCAGGAGCUUCAGGAAUCUGCGGGUAGCCUCUACCAUUACGAAGUGGACACCACCAACCAGGUGAUCCAAGGCUUUGCAGUGCCAAAUCUCGGCGAAAAGAGGCCGGACAAGCUCGUCCCCAUCUGGAACAUGGAGCUGGGAUCUCUUGGCGAAACAAUCCUAACAGCUGCCACUCCGCAGCACAAGCAGUGGGAUCACGUCCCCGUGCACAUCAAAGGGGAUGCCAGCAUCCUCUACAAGUACAUCAACCCGAACAUGCUCUCCGUGGCCUCAGAGGACAAGCUCGGGCUGAACCUCUACAUUUUGGAUGCCGUCACGGGCCAUCUGAUUCAUCAGAGCCAAGUGGCCGGUGGAGCGUCGCCGGUGCACCUGAUUGCAUGCGACAACUGGGUCGCGAUGCACUACCGCAAUCCCAAGAAGACACGAUUUGAGAUCCUGGUGACCGAGCUUUUCCAGAACAAGGCCGACGACGGGCCCUGGGAUAUCCUUUUCGGAAAGAAGGCCGAACCGUGGACUGCCAAGUCGCUUUUGCGCUCCUUUCUCGAAGAUCAAGAUGUGGAUUGGUGA